AUUUCCGUAGCCGAAAUUGCAAUUCUGGUACUAGGUCGCUUUUUUAGCGGAUGAGGGCAUGUUGAGACAUCGCAUUCACGGUCUGAAUCUCGCCAUCAGCGGCGACAAUGGCGACGACGGCUGCUGCUUCCACGGCAGCACGCCGCCCCUCAUGCUCGCACGGGCGCCCCUGCCGCUCCCAGGCUAGCGUGUUCCCUUUCGUUCGGGCACGGAUCGACUUCCGGUCGGCGACGCCACGAUGGACGGCGGCGGCAGCGACGACUGCGUGUACUUCGGGCGCGCGCUGGAGCGCGCGGAGGACGUGGGCGGGCGCAAGCUGCGCGCGGCGGUGGUGGAGGGGCGCGCGAAGCAGAUGGUGCCGGUGUGGCAGCAGGAGGCGCGCGACGACGCGGGCAGGCGGCGCUUCCACGGCGCCUUCACGGGGGGGUUCUCGGCCGGGUACUUCAACACCGUCGGGUCCAAGGAAGGCUGGGAGCCAGCAACCUUCCGGUCGUCGCGCUCCAACCGUGCGGAGCGGCGCGAGCAGCGGGUGGCGGAGCUGAUGGACGCGGACGAGCGGGACGACGCGGAGCGCGCGGCAAGGGACACACAGGGCGUGGGGUUUGACGCCUUCAAGGGCGCUCACGACGUGCGAGAGAUCCCCGCGGGCGACCUGCACGAGGUGGAGGACGAGGACGAGGAGGAAGCAGGCGUGCGAUUUCGAGGAGGGGGCGGGGCAGAGGCAGAGGGCAGGCAGGGGCAGCGCGGGGAGCAGCAGGGCGCGCCGUGGAUGGGCGGCCUGGACCAGGCGCGAGGGAGCAGCGGGCACGUGAUGCGGGGCUUCUGCGAGGGGCGCCUGUCGGUGGAGGAGUGCAAAUGGUACCCUCCCCCCCACGUGCCCGCCUCCUUCACACCACACCACACCUUCCCCUCCUCCCCCUCGCCCCUCUCCACCGCACCUGCUUCCACCACGCCAGCACCGCCCCCAGCAGCCCCCCCAGUGGACCCUUCUCUGCGUGCAGCCGUAGAGGGCGUGGCAGCCAUGAGGGCGAACGAGGGCGGGGCAGCAGCGGGCGUGGCAGCGGGGAAGGCGGGUGGGAGUGGGGAUGGUGGUGUGCGGCUGGGCCCUGAUGCGCGCGGCAUGAUGCUGGGCGAGCAGCCGCUGCCUGCCUCGCAGCCCCCCCUCGCAUGGGCACCACCAACUCUGCCUGCGUCUGCCCCUGUCUCCGCCCCUGCACCUUCCUUUUCGCCUCCCACCGCCCCUGCCGUGUCGGCCUUCCAGCAGCACGGGGCAGCGGCUGAGCUGGCGGCAAUGAUGGCGUCGCGCUUCCAGAGCGGCGGGCACGAGGAUGUGAAGGCCAAGGAUGGCAUGGGCACUGAGAGGGCGGCGGUGGGUGCUGCUGCUGCGGCAGGGGCAGGAGCAGCGCUGGCAGGGGCAGGCGCAGCAGGGAAUGCGGCAGCAGCAGGGGAGGCAACGGUGGUGGCACGGCGGCGGGAGGAGGCAUGGCGGCCGCUGCCUCUGCUGUGCAAACGAUUCAACCUGCCGGACCCGUUUGCAGGGAAGGCCCCUCCUCACCCCCUCCAUCGCCCGUGUCAGCUCGACACGCUCACCUCCUUCCCUCAGACCCGCCCCUCAGCUGCUCCCACCCCCACUCCUCCCUCCUCCUCGCCGCUCCUCUCCCUCCCUGCCCCCCCCUCUGCUGCUGUGACCGCUGCUACUGCUGGGCGUUACGGGGGAGCCAUCUUUUCAGAUGAGGAAGAUGACGAUCACGAUUCCCAUGCCAUGUCAGCGGCACCGGCUGGCAUCGAUGACAUGGCAGCGGCAGAAGCAGCCACGCGGGCGUUGGCCCGGCUGGAGGCGGGCGACUUCCUGGAAGGACUGGGCGAGGAGCUGGGGCUGCAGGUGGACCCGGGGGAGGGGGGGAGGAAGGUGGGAGGGAAGGCAGCGGAGAGGUGGCAGGGCGGAGUGGGUGGAGUGGAGGACAGGCGGGGGAGGAGCAGCAGACGCAGCAAGGAGGCAGUGAAGGCCGUGUGGGUGAUGCACGUGGUGACGCAGGGGAUGGUGGUGGUGGAAGGGGUGCAGCUGCUGCGGUGGGGGAAGCAACAGGUGCUGUGGUGGCUGUGAAGAGCAAGAAGCGCGUGCUGACAUCAUCAUCGUCGUCGUCGUCAGCAGCGUCUGGAUCAUGU